UUUCCAUAUUCCCCCUUCCCCCACACUCUCUCUCUAGAGAUAACCCUUCUCUCUCUAAAAAGUCCAUCUCGCUCCCGUGAAACCCCAUCGACAGAUUCGUUCGACUCGACUCGACUCGGAUCGGAUUUCCGUUCGAUUCUUGUUAUCUAUCAUACUAUCUCAUAACGGUUGUGUUCCACAUUCACGGCGAUUGACCGACGUUCAAAGCGUUGUGAUUAUCUCGACAGACGACGACACCCUAUCCAUCGUUCCUUUCAAUUCUAUCGAUUGCCUUUGUUCUGAGCAAAAUCGUAGGUUUUCUGAUAUAAAUCAGGUCAUAUUCUUCCACUCGUUGAUUCUUUUAUAUUUGUUUCUUUGGUUAGGUGGAUUAGGUCUUAAUUUCGAAUACUAGGGCAUUAUUAUUCAUUGAUUCUUUAAUUGUAUAGUGAUUAUCGUUUUCGGUUUUCCUUUCUGCGGUCUUCUCUCAAUAUCUCGUAGUUGAUAUAUAUUCGUAUAGGUAGUGGUUCCAACAAGAAACUCCGUGAGAUUUUUCGGUGCGUUAUUUUAGUUUGCCCCCAAAAUUGAGGGUUUUCUUGUCUGAGAUUUGUUCGUCUUUUUCUAGGUCUAGGUAUUCUGUAAUCAUCGAAACAAAGAAAAAAAGCAAAAAAAAUCUACAGAAGAAAAAAGAUCACGUAAUAUUCCUGUUUUGUUUUUGAUUUUGAUUUUGAUUUGGCGAUUUAGCUGAAUCUGGGGUUUCCUUUCAAGUACCUUUUUCAGUUUCGUGUCUCCGGGAAAAUAUAAAUUUCUUUUAGGUGUACACAAAAUGGCUCUGAACUAUUCUCAGCGGCCAGUUUUUCCUGCUCAUACAUCCGAAGACAAUCUGAUUUCACCCUUGAGGAUCGUGAAUGGGUAUGUCGUGGAAGGCAUGUCAGACAGAGGGGGAGAAAGCUUCGUGAAACCUAGACAUGGUAAUGGAGAGAUCCAUGAUCGUUUUGGUGGCUCACCAGAUCCAGUUUCUACAGACAUAAUCGACUUAUUACCUUCAGAUCCAUUUGGUAUGGAGAUCGAUAUCAGCACAACUUUCACAGCCAUCACCGGGUGGCUUGAAGAUUUUGAAGUGGACUACGUGCAAUAUGUCAGAAACAACAUUGCUAACACAAAUGAAGAUUACAGAUUAUAUGCAGGUCUCAAUCUGAUCUGGAACAGUGCCUUGAGGUUUCAAUCGUUUCCAAGCAAUGAAUCACCUGAUGAUAAAGGUGGUGCUAGUUUUAUGGAUGAUGAAGACGCCACAACAUCCAAUAACGAAGGAGGAGACCCUCAUGAGGCGUUUCUUCUUGCUCUCACUUAUCUUGGAACAAAAGAUCUUCUUUUACUCGAAUGUGUUUGUAAAACAUUAUCUUCUACAAUACGUAACGAUUCGUUAUUAUGGAGAACCAUUCACAUUGAUCAGCCAUUAAGUGAGAAGAUCACCGAUGAUAUUCUUGUCCAAUUAACCAACAGAUCAGAAGGUAAUCUCAGAUGUUUAACUCUUAUAAAAUGCCCAAGAAUCACAGAUGAUGGAUUGAAGCGUGUUUUGGAAACCAACCCAAAGUUGACGAAAUUGUCUGUUCCUGGAUGUACAAGAUUAAGCAUCGAUGGUAUUUUGAAUAACUUGAAGGCUUUCAAGUUGUCAGGGACAGGUGGCACUUCGGGUAUCAAACACAUAAGAACAGGUGGGUUUUAUGGGAUAACAUAUGAGCACUUCAAAGAGUUGAAGUUUUUGUUGGGUAGUGAUGACAACAACAUUCAGAAAAAUGAUUAUCUUCCUCAUUAUUAUCAUCGUGGGAAUUUGUAUCUACCAGAUGAUGAACGUGAUAUAGACGUUGAAGUGUGUCCAAGGUGUCAGAAUUUGAGGCUUGUGUAUGAUUGUCCAGCUGAAGGGUGUUUUGGGAAAGAUCAAUGUAGGGCUUGUAUAAUUUGCAUACCUCGAUGUGCUCAAUGUGGUCGCUGUGUGCAUAACAGUGAAUACGAAGAAACGUUUUCUUUGGAGUAUCUUUGUUCUGGGUGCUUGAAGGAGAUGCCACGGUGUCAAAAAGUGCAACAGAUGGAUGUUGAUGUUUUUUGACGUGCUAGUGCCACGUCAGACGGUAUGACGUUGCUUGCUCCUAAUGUGGUGGAGUUUUUCGUCCUCUUCAACAUCUUAUAGAAAUGGAUAUAGUUUGGUUUAUGGAAGGCCCCUGGGGUUUUCGGUUUUUUUUUUCUUGAAGGGUGAUGAGAAAAUUGGAAAAGGAAAAGUUAAAAAAGAAGUCGGAUAGAUAGAACACGUGCGCAAUGGAUGUGGCUUCUUGUUGACGUGGUGCUGUCGGGUAGGGGUGUAAUUGGUGAAAUCUCAACGGUUAUAAUUGGAGGAAUGGAAGGAGGUGUGUAAAUGGUCAAAGUUUUGACCAUGAGGAUUCGUGAUGGGUAGACACGUGUUGUGGAGCUGGGUGGGUGGAGCGGGUCGGAUAUUGGUGUGUUGACUGCCUGGGUUACACGUGUAUUAAUCUGAUUCUGAUGGGUUUUGGGUUUUGACCCGUCUGUGGUGUUUGGCUGGAUCUUUACUUGGAUUCAAAUACGAUGUCGUUGUUCUUUGGACUCUUGUAUUUUCAUUUGAUGUUUUCCUAUUUCCUUUUGUUACAAAAAUGUAUUAAUUGUUAAGAUGUCAUGUUUGUGGUGUGUACCAUGUUUUCUUUUGUUAAAAAAAUGUUUAUUAAUGGUUAAAAUGUCAUGUUUGUGGUGUA